AACUCAAAAAAAAAAAAAAAAAAAAAAAACACAGAAAAAUCAACUUUUCUUUCAAAAAUCAUUCACUUAUUCAGCGAAUUCCUCUCCAGGAAAUGCAAGAUUUACAUUUCCAUCUUUUAGGUAAGUAUUGAAGGUGGAAAGGACUGAAAAAUGGUAAACAUUCGUUCAAAAGAUUCACAAAAAUCAGGAUCUCCUCCGAAAGGAGAGGUGGGGGAGAUUGACACGAGAGCACCAUUUCAAUCUGUUAGAGCAGCUGUUAAUUUAUUUGGUACAGUAGCUAUCCUCUCUAAAGAUAAAGAUAAAGAGAAACCUACAGCCAAGAGAAAACUUUCUUCAGAGAAUGUGUUGGACAAAGAGACUCAACUAUUGUUAGUUCAAAGAGAGGUUGACAAAUACAAGGCAAAAUUUCAAAUGGCAGAGACAGCAAAAGCCAAAGCAGUUAGAGAGCUUGAGAAAGCUAAAAUAACACUAAAUGAUUUGACUACAAGACUCAAAAUAGCAAAUGAGUCAAAGCUAUCAGCUUUAGAAGCUAUAGAAACUGUGAAGAAGCAAACCAAAAAACUUGAAGUAACGAAAUCUCAGAGAUAUUUAGGAAAUGCAGGCCAAGAAUUAGAAGAAGCAAGAGACCACUACAUGAAAAUUGCAACUCAACUUGCUAUUGCAAAGCAAGAACUUACAAAAUUUCGCCAAGAUUUCGAUUCUGUAGCUGAGACGAAAUCGGCUUCAUUACAGCAAGCAGCAGAAGCAAAACGCUCGAUGAAUAUAAAUAUAGAGAGAAUUAAUGAACUCUCGAAGCAACUUAAAGACAUGCAAGAAUCAGCUCAACAGCUAAGAGCUGCGUCUUUACAAGGUCAGGGACAAGCAGCAAAAAUGGUAGCAGAAAAAGAAGCUCAUAUACAAGCUUGUAAAACGAGUAAACAAGAAGUUGAGAAGAAAAUAGUGCUUUUAAGGAAAGAAUGUAAUGAGACUGAAAAUCUUAAAGCUAAACUUGCAGAAAGAACUGAAGAAAUCCAAAUUUUACAAGACGAGAUGAGAAAAGUACAUGCUUUAGAAAUGGAUAAGGUUAAACUUGUUACUGCUGAGCUUAAUGAAGCAACAAAGAGACUGCAGGAAGUUGCUAUGGAAGAGAAUUUGCUUCGAAAUUCGGUUACUUCUAUUAAAAUGGAGUUAGAGGAUGUGAAAAGAGAGAGAACUGAAUUCGAAGAAAAGGUACUUGAUAAAUUAUCAUCUGAAGCUGAAAAUGCAAGAAAAGAUGUAGAAAUGAUACGUAGUGAUAUUAUUAAAUUGAGAGAAGAAAGGGAAAAGGCCAUAUUAAAAGUUGAAGAAUCAAAAGAAAAGCUUGAUAUUCUUUUGGAAGAGCUUGAAGAAGCAAAAAUUGCAGAAAAGACAGUUCAUGAAGAAAUGAAAAACUUGUCAAAUGAAAAAGAUAAAGCCUCUGAUAAUAAUAAUAUGAUAAAUAUUUCAUUGGAGGAACUUGAGAGUUUAAAAAGGAAAAUGGCGGAAUGUGAAAGUAUAGCUGAAGCAAAAGAGGCAGAAGUUAGAACUAAAAUCGAAAUAAUUAAUGAAACAAGAAUUAUAGUAGAAAAAAGAUUAGAAGAAAAUUCAAAAUCAAUUGAGGAACUUAAGGAAGCAACAGAAAUUGCUUUGAGAUCUGCAGAAAUGGCAGAGUCUGCACAAAGUGUGGUUGAAGGUGAACUUAGAAGAUGGCGUCAAGGUGCUUAAUUAAAUAAUUACUCAUAUUCUAAAAUAUUAGGAUUUAAUACUCUUUAAGUAUUCUACACAACGCCAACAAUAGUAGAUUUCAAUUUUCAUCUCUAAAUUAAUUCCUUGUGUUAUUAAUUCUUUUUUCUGUUUCUUUUUCCUUUUUAAUUUUUCAUUUUCAGAACUAUGUUAAUUAAUUUAAUUGUUUGUGUUGCUCUGAUGAGUAUGAUGUUAUGUAACCAAUCAUGGAAAGAAAGAAAUAAUAAUGAUUCAUCUGAGUUUUUGUUGGAUAUA